AUGUGUAUCAACUUACUCUUGACCUUGGAAUCGGCAUACGACAUCAUGUUCACAGAGGCAGCAGAGGUGCUUCUUAAAGAUCUGCUACUGCAAUAUGACUUGCAACAACUUGUUGACUUUGAAACACACAAGUCUGGCCACACCAUCGAUCUUGUGAUUACUCGCCAAUCAGAUACUCUUGUUCAAUCUGUAUCUGUAUCAGAGUACGUCUCUGAUCACCGAGGUAUCAAUUGUCUACUGAAUCUCCAAAAGCCAGAGUACACAAAGCGCCUACUCAACUACCGCAAACUCAAAUCCAUUGACUUAGACAAAUUCGCGGAUGACGUCAUUGCAUCCCCGCUCAUCUCAAACCCUGUGACAACCACACACGAUUUGACUGAUCAAUACAAUGCUGUGCUCAGUCAACUGGUGAAUGUGCAUGCACCCAUGCAAACACGUCACAUCAUUGACCGGCCCGCCGUUCCCUGGUGCAAUCAGCGCUUCAUAGAACAAAAGCGCAGACGUCGCCAAUUAGAACGGAAAUGGCUCAAAUCGAGGCUUACUGUUGACCAUGACAUUUUCAAAACUCAGCGAGACUUAUGUAAGCGCUUCCUCACCGUAGCAAAGACUUUGUACUACAAUGAGAAAAUAAAGGGAUGUGGGGGAAACCAAAAAGAAUUGUUCAAGAUCACAAAUCAUCUCACGCACAGAAAACAUAUCUCCAAUCUUCCCACGGAUUUGCCUGCACACGCAUUUUCAGCAUACUUCAUAGGCAAGAUUGAUCAGAUCAGAGACGAUCUUGCGUCCAAUCGUGCGGAUCCUGCCCCACCCUCCCUGAGUAGCUCCCGCCCCUCUCCGAAUCCCACUCUCACCACCUUGAACCCUGUGUCGGAGCAAGAAAUUGCUAAGAUUAUACAAAGUUCAUCACCCAAAUCAUGUCAACUUGACCCCCUACCGACGGUUAUGGUAAAGAACUUGAAAACCACUCUGGCGGUGCCCAUAACACGGCUGAUUAACAUGUCCCUCGCCACCGGUGAAAUUCCUGACAGCUUCAAAACUGCUCUUAUCACUCCUGUGCUUAAGAAUGAAUCAUUGGAUUCCACCGAAAAGAAAAACUAUCGCCCAAUUUCAAACUUACCCUUUGUGUCAAAGGUCGCUGAGAAGGUCGCCGCAGCGAGACUAAAUUCACACUUAGAAGAAGGCAAGCUCCUAGAGAGUCAGCAAUCUGCCUACAAGAAAUUUCACAGUGUGGAAACUGCCCUUUUGAAGGUCCACAAUGAUAUUAUGUGCGCUGUGGACAGCAAAAGGGCAGCAAUGCGGCAGAGCAGCUCAUACACGCAUUCAUCACAUCCAGACUUGACUUUUGUAACAGCCUUCUUACCGGUCUUCCUCAGGCAAUAUAUGACCCUCGGAUUGUAA